ACAGUUUUCGCUCAUCAUCAAGCAAGCUUCAUCCAUGGAGAUCUACAGAAGACCUAACCGCAGCGACAUUCAUCUCUCGAAGGAGGAAGAGGCGAGGAUCGAGGGCGAGACGAAGGACUACUUCGAUGGAUUAGCUCCGAAGCGCCAUUCCAAGCCUCAGCGCAGCGAGCCUUCUGCUCGCUACAUCGAUCCCCUCUCCGAUGGGCAUGGUGACGGCGUCAUCCCGGAGCUCGUCGCUUUUCAGCAGCUUGAACGCGAUUCUAAGAAACUGGUUUAUGAUGGAAUCGAAGUGAGGGAAGAGUUCAUGGAAACAGAGUACUACAAAGAUCUCAACGACAUCGACAAGCAGCACCACACUACGGGCACCGGAUUCAUUAAAGCGGAGAACGCAAAUGCCAGGGGCUUCAGCCUUGAACCUGACACUGACAACGGCCACCAUGCCGCCUCCAAGGGUAACCCGGCAACUAAUGACUGGAUUCCGGCUGCUAACGACAUGGUCAAUUUCGUCUCCGACAAGCCAAGGAGAAGUGACAGUUGAGAUGAGAAUGAGGCAGUUACACUAGAAGUAGCAUCUGGGUUAUUUAUUGUCCUUUCUUCUUAUGUGGACUUGCUAAGGAAUCCGUGUUUGCUGUGGAAUUGUUUGUGUUUCAGAUGUUCUGUACUGUUCAAUACUACUUUAUGCCUUUGAAUAAAGCUUUUGUUUCUGUUUUUCCA